AUGGACUUCUUUCGGGUGUGUGGUAUGGAACAGCAUGUCAAGCAGCCCACUCACAAUGGAAAUGUCCUCGAUCUUAUACUUUCAACGUCUCACAAUAUCUUGGACGUUUCGGUCUUACCUCCGCUCGCUACAUCAGACCAUAACCCCCCUUGUGAUUUUCCCAGACCUGAUUUCUUGAACACUGACUUUACUGCCCUCAACAAUUAUUUCCUAAGCAUAGACUGGUGGGCUCUCCUUGAUCAGUAUUCCUCUAUGGAUGACAUAUACCAGAGGUUCUGUAGGGUGGUGUACAAUGGGCUUGCGCAUACCUGUUCUCUACGGGAAAGUGUGCUCUGUCUUGAACCAUCAUCGGAGGAAGUUCCUCACUAUGAGCGCCGGCUUGGAUCCCAAGCUUCACUGCGACGGCUCUUUCACUAUUUUCGGCAGAAGCUGAAGCCGAACCACCUCCUCCCUACACUUGCUGACCAAACGGUAUAUUCACGUCCAAACUUCUCUCAUGAGUGGGAUCUCUCCCACUUCCCUCAUGUCGCUGAUAGCCUCACAGAUUUCUUCUUUGAUCCUGGUGCUGCUUCUACCUUCCUGAAGAAGCUUCGCCUCUCAACUAGUGAGCCUUACGAUGGGAUCCCUCAGAUA